AAUUUCUUUUAUAAAAUAAAAAUGGAGAUAGAAAAACAAUUUGCACAAUAUGCCCAUUACACAGUGAAAUAAACUCUAGGAAAAGGAGCUUAAGGAAAGUAAUGAAGCAUUUAAUUUUUUAGAGUAAAAUUAGGUAUAGAAGGAGAUAAAGAAGUAGCAUUAAAAUUUGUUUAAUUUUCAAAAGACAUGGAAAAAGAAAUGGAAAUUCAUAAAGGGUUAAAUCAUACUAAUUUGAUUAAACUAUUAAAUUGUCAUGUAAAUGAAGAAUAUACAAAAAGAAGUGGAAAGAAAGAAAUAAAAUCUUGUUUAGUUUAUGAUUAUAUGAAGGAUGGUGAAUUAUAUGAUUAUCUAUCAUAAACUGGUGCAUUCAAAGAAGAAACUGCUAGAACUUUCUUCCAUUAAUUAAUUAAUGUUUUAACUUAUUUACAUGGAUAAGGUCUUGCUCAUAGAGAUUUAAAACCUGAAAACAUUCUAUUUAAAGAUGGUCAACUUAAAGUAUCUGAUCUAGGAUUUGCUACAUUUGUAGGUGGUCAUCAAGGAGAUGGUGUUUUAGCUUCUUUUAAAGGAACUAUUAGUUAUAUGGCUCCAGAAAUAUUAGCCAGAUAAAAGUAUGUUGGAUAAAGUGUUGAUAUUUUUGCAGCUGGAAUUAUUUUAUUUUUAAUGAUGACUGCUCAAUUACCAUUCAAAUAAGCUAAUGCUAAAGAUUAAAUAUAUAAUCUUAUAUGCACAAAUCGAUUUGAUUAGUUUUGGGCUUAUAAAGAAAAAUCAGGGAUUCCUAGAUUCUCAAAUGAAUUUAAGACUUUUAUUAAUUCUUUACUUGCCUUUGAUCCAUUACAAAGACCGACCCUGUCAGAAAUUAUUAGUACAUCAUGGUAUUAAGGACCCACCAUUAGUAAUGAAAUCAUUAUUAAAUUACUUAAUGCACGUAAAUUAAAAAUUCAAGCAUAAUAAGAUAAAGAAAACUUGUUGAAAUUACUUGAAAAAUAAAAAAAAUAAGCAGCUAAUUAAAAUUAUUAAUGUAUAUUCUUAAAAUAGUUUAGUGACUGUUGGAAUUGGAAAUUUCAAAAGAGGAGAAGAAGAAAUCCCAAUUGACAUUACUAUAAAGAGAGAACUUAAACGUUUUAAAUAAACAGAUGUAUUCCUUCCAUUUGAACCUAAUCUUAUAUUUAUUAAACUUAUUGAAAAUAUGGGUUAAUUUGCUAAUAAGAUUAGUUAUGUAAAUGAUUAAAAAUAUAAAGUAUUCAAAUUAAUGAUAUAUUAGCUACAUUAUUGGUUUUUACAAAAUAAUGAAGAAUUUGAAAUGGCUAUUCAACUUGUGUAAGGUCCCAUUGAAUAAACUGUUGGACUUGAUUUUGAAUUAAUAAAAGGGAGUAGAUUGGAAUUUUAUUAAAAAAAAUAAUAAGUAGAAGAUAUGCUAUUAUAAAUCGAAUGAAUAU